GAGGGAUGGAGGACCAACCGAAGGACCGUGAGGCCGAGGUCGCCGGGCCCUGGUUUUCUAAGUGGGAGCGCCAGUGCCUUGCAGAGGCGGAGCAGCUGUCCCCGGAGCUGCAGGAGGAGGCGGCUGCCGAUGCGGCGGGGCUCAAGAUCGAGCGCCAGAGGCUCUGGCACCUCUUCCAGAUCUCAGCCACGGCUGUGGCCCAGCUCUACAAAGAUUCCGGGUGCCAGCAGCCAGGACUCUCUAUGUGGGACCCCUUCCAGAACGCGGCCAUGGCUGUGACCAGCCUCUACAAAGAGAGCGGGGAUGCCUACCAGAGAAGUUUUGAACUGGGCGUCCAGGUUGGCUACCAGCGUCGUGUGAGAGAUGUGUUGGAGUGGGUGAAGAAGGGUAGGAGCAUAAUUCGCCGGGAAGACCUCAUAAGCUUCCUCUGUGGCAAAGUUCCCCCCACACCCCCACCUCCACGCACCUCCCGGAUGUCCCCCAAGCCACCAGCAGCUGCCUCCAUUCAAGCUACUGCCACUGAGUCCGGCGCACCUGUGGACGUCGACCUACAGCCCUUCCAUGAGGCCAUUGCUCUCCAUGGCCUCAGUGGUGCCAUGGCAAGCAUCAGCAUGCUAUCUGGCGCUCCAGGUUCCUCAUCUCAAGAUGGAAGUAUUGCCAGCAGUGGGCGUCGGAAAAGUAGCUUCCUAGAAGAUGAUCCGAACUCUUUGAGCUCAGAAGAGCUGACUCUCUGCCUGGACAGUGGGGGAGUCCGCAAGCGCACCUCUGCCCAGUUUGGUGAUGGCGCUAUGGACUCUCCAUUGCACAAGCGUAACCGAAUGGUCUAAACUGCCUCUUUGCUUUGGUUGCUCACCAUCCACCAACUUACUGCUUGACAGUCAACUUGACCAUCAACUUGCUUGUUGAAACCAUACCAGACUGCUGAUCUUCCUUCUCUAAGUUAAAGAUUUCUAUCAAGUUUACCAUAAAGAAAAUUUAAAAGUAUUCAAGAAGAGGCCUCCUAUUACUCUGACUUUCCAAAAAUAUAACUCUAUUACAGAACAUCAAAUAUCACAUAGUUAGCAAGAUCAUCUAAACUUUAAAGCAAAACACAUCCAGUGAGGGUGGGAGCCUGGUUUAUCUUGUUCAAGUUAUUUCUUCGCACCUAGUACAGUUAUUGGUGCUCAAUAAAUGUUUGUUGAAUGAAUAAA